ACUCCUGAACUUCGCCGAGCCGAAUUUUUUUUCAGAUUUAUAAAAUCAGUGAGCUGACAUGGCAUUCCGCCGGAGAAACAAGAGCUACCCGUUCUUCAGCCAGGAGUUCCUCAUCCAGAAUCAUGCAGAUAUCGUGUUCAGUUUGGUGAUUUUCAUUCUGAUCGGGCUGAUGUUUGAGGCAACAGCAAAGACAGCCAUACUCUUCAUUCAGCCUCAAUACAACAUCACCAUAUUAUCACUAGAGGGAGAGGUGACUACGUAUCAUUAUGGAUGGAAGGACGGAGCCACCAUCCUCUUCUAUUUCUUCAUCGCUAUCAUCCUCCAUGCUGUAGUGCAGGAGUAUCUUCUGGAUAAAGUGAACCGCCGCCUUCACCUGUCCAAGAGCAAAAACACCAAGUUCAAUGAGUCGGGUCAGCUGUGUGUGUUUCAUUUAGUGUCAAGCGUGUGGAGUUUUUACAUCCUCAUUACAGAAGGAUAUCUCCUGCACCCUAGCAGCCUUUGGGAGCACUACCCACAUUCACACCUCAGGUUUCAGGUGAAGUUUUUCUACCUCACCCAGCUGGCUUACUGGCUCCACGCUCUUCCAGAGCUCUACUUCCAGAAAGUACGCAAGGAGGAGAUUCCUCGUCAGCUGCAGUACAUCUGCCUCUAUCUGCUGCACAUCUCUGCAGCUUAUUUGUUAAAUUUGAAUCGUGUGGGCUUGGUCCUACUCUUUCUCCAGUACGUAACAGAACUGGGCUUCCACAUCGCCAGACUCUUAUACUUUACUGAUGAGAAUCAUCAAAAAAUGUUUGAUCUGUGGGCGGUGAGCUUUGUGUUUACACGGAUGGCCACUCUGACCUUGAUGUUCCUCGCUGUUGGCUUUGGUUUGGCCCGUUCUGAGAAUCAGGGGCUCGACGUGGAGUUGGGGAACUUCAACACUGUUUUGAUAAGGAUGACUGUUCUACUGGUGGUGUGUUUGACUCAAUCUUGGCUCCUCUGGAAGUUUAUCCGCUUCCAGCUAAGGCGCUGGAGGGAGUUCAGACACGAACAAGCGGUUCGCAAGAAGGCUACCACCAAACAACCCUUACGGCAAUUAAAAAGGGACUCCCUUGGCCAUCAUGAAAACGGCAUCCUUAAAGCUGAGAAUGGACUUUCAUCACGGACAAAGAAACUCAAAUCACCUUGAAGUGGCACACUUCCUGGUUUCAGCGGUGGCAUCAUCUCUUAUUAAGGUUUCUCAUUGGCACAGCAGUGAAGCCAGGGGAGGAGCGCCGGUCACAACGUUUUGGCUGAGAAUGUCCUGUGAUGAUACAGGGACUCGGUUACUGCAGACUUUGGCUUGAAUGCUGGAAAUAAAGGAAAUCUAAGGACAUCCUUUGAGCCCAACAGGCAUUUAUUCCUCUCAUUGUAUCAGUAUUCCAUUGUUUUUAUAUAUCCACACAGCCUGCAAUCCAACACUAAGGGACACUGUUGCAGAGUGGUUUAAAAAAAACAAACAAAAAAAAAACCCUGAGCAUUGUUUCCAUAAUGAAUGUGUUUUUGCAUACUCUUAAACAUAAGUACUGUACUGCAGCUUGUACUAUCGAGUCCGCUUUGCUUUUUUCCCCUAUUCCGCUCCACUGGUGCGGAAACAUAUCACUGAUGACAUGAUAUUAUACUGACAAAAAAAAAAUCCUGCAUUUCUCACUGGUCACUUAACAGAUUUGUAUUAAAUAUAUACUGUAGAUGUUACCGCAUGCCAUUUCAUAUUUGAUUUUUCUCCCUGUUGUUUUGUCAGUUACUUUAUUAAAAAAAAUACAUUGGU